UCGUAUUCGGAGUUGGCAGCACCCUCUCAGAUUACAAUGAAACUUUCUGGGUAUGUACACCAAGACUAGAUAAGCCACUUUGCAUACUUAGUUUCUUCAAAAUUUAUCUGGACUGACUUUUGAAAAGGGCUAAACUUUUUUAUGGAUUUUUUAAAAAUGUUUUUAAUCAAAAAAUGACUACUCCUACAAAAAAAGUGUUGCAUGGGUGAUUAUCACAAAAUAAGUCAAAUUUUAAGAAAAAAAUCCAAAAUGAGCCCUACACUGAAAAAAAUCAUUUCUGAAAAUUCAAAGUUGAUUUAAAAAAAACACCAUUUUUGAUUUUGAUGAAAUUUUGUCUCAAGACAGGUAAUUAUGUUCCCUACCAACCGUCCAUACAUCACAAGAUGGGCACUUUUAAGGAAAAAAAGUUUUUCUAACAAAAACUUUUUCAUGUCCAAAUUAUUAUUUUUUCAGUGUCUUUUUUUAAAAACAAACUAAACCAGUGAAGGUUAUCUAGUAAUCUCAAAAUGCAAUGAAACUUAUUGUGUCAUAUGCGACAAUGCAAUGCACCCAUAUUCACGCAGCAGCACUCUAGAAGUACGAAACAAUAUACAAUUUGAACACGCAUUUCAUACGUGCUGCUGUAAUUUCUACCCAAACGUUUCUACCCCAUGUUCUUACCUAAUAUUAGGUAAGGCUAUUUAUUAGAUUCGAACUACCUAAUCGAAAAAAAAAACAAAUCAAGAGUUGUACCUAAAGCAAAUAUGAACAAAACAAGAAAAUGAAUCGGUAUCAUUCAACGUGUUACUUCUCUUUGGUUAUUAAAGGCAGUUCUGAAAAGUAAUGGAUCAAUCGUAUAAAUCAAAAUUCAACAAAUUCAAGUGCAGUGCAAAAAUAAACAAUCCAAAGUGCAACCGUCAUAAUCUACGGGGCAUGUCAUUAAGAUUGAUAGAUAAAAUUCAUUCCAUGGGAUAUACACAUGAAAUCGACGAAUCGAUGAGUAUUUGUGAGUCAUGUCGUGGAUUGAUAAGUCACAACAGAAGCCCGAAUACGAAAACACGCCGAUCGGAUGGAAACGACGAAACUAUGCAACCAUCAUUUAGUGGACAGCAACAUCAUGAUGUUCCAGAACCAGAACCGUCAACGAGUGGUCAACAAAUCGAACAUGAGCUGGAUAUGGUACCAUCUAUUCCAUCAUUGGAGUCAAUUCCGUCAACAGAUCAACUACAGGGUUCCCAUAAUAUUGAGAAGUUUAAUACCAUUGCUGAAACAUUGAGUUUAUCGCCAAUCUCAUCUAGAAACAUGAGAAGUAUGGAAUAUCGCAUAAACAAAUCAUUGCAGAUUACGAAAGCAGUUCGAAAAAAUAUCUUCGGAAUAGAUUCAACGGAUGUUGGCAAAGUGGAGGCGUAUGACGAGAUAAUUAUGCAGUUAAAGGAUAAGUUCAAUCACCCUACAACUGACAGAAGCGAACAGAUUAAAAUACUAUCUGUACUUCCUAAGUCUUGGUCGGUAAAUAAAAUCACAAGAGAGUUUAACGCACCAAUGUAUAUGGCGAGACAGGUGAAGGAUCUUGUUUAUGAACAGGGUAUUCUUUGUACCACCGAAAAAAGAAGGGGGCAUGGUAUUGAUGACGAUACAAAACAAAUAGUAAGAGAAUUUUUUGAUGAUAAUGAUAUCAGCAGGCCAAUGCCAGGAACAAAUGAUUUUGUUUCUGAGGUUCGAAAUGGAAAAAAACAACAAGUUCAAAAACGACUUUUGAUGAUGUCGCUCAAAGAGGCUUAUAUGAUUUUUGUAGAUAUGUACAAAACUGUGAAUAUUGGUUUCACAGUAUUUACACAGUUGCGACCAAAGCAUUGUAUUUUACUUGAUUCUACUGGUAUACAUAAUGUAUGCAUAUGUACUAUUCAUGAAAAUGUAAAUUUAAUGUUCAACAGUAUAAGAAUUGUGUCACAAGAUGAAAUAAUACAAAAAAUGCUUUGCGAUAUUUCCACCAGAACAGAUAAUUGCUUUUUCCGUGCUUGUGAAAAGUGUGCUUGUAAUGAACACAUUGAAGAGGAACUUACAUUGAUAUUAGAAUCAAAUGACGAAGAAGAGAUUAUAUUUCAGCAGUGGUUGAAUACUGAUCGCUGUAAUUUAGAAACGAUUAUUAAACCUGUUGAUGAAUUUGUUCCGUAUCUUGUUGAUAAAAUUGACAAACUUAUAACACACGACUUUAUUCAUAAACAACAAUCAUCAUUUCUCAGAAAUAAAAAAAGAUACAUUAAAGGAUGAUGAAAUUCUUGCGAUUUGUGAUUUCUCUGAAAACUAUUCAUUCAUAAUUCAAAACGCUGCUCAAGGAUAUCAUUGGAACAACUCGCAAGCAACAAUACACCCAUUUGAAAUUUACUAUAUGAAAGAUAAUAAACUUGUAAAUGUUAGCUUCAUUACCAUAUCGGAAGUAAUGGCUCACGAUACAGUUGCGGUCCAGUUGUUCAUCUCAAAAAUGAUAGAUUUUAUGGAACAAGAACUUUUCUAAAAUUUAUUUUAUGUCUGAUGGGGCAGCAUCACAAUACAAAAAUAAGAAGAACUUUGCUAGUCUAUGUAGAUUCCAGUCAAAGCAUGCAUUAAGAGCAGAAUGGCAUUUUUUUGCAACGUCCCACGGUAAAGGUCCAUGUGAUGCUAUUGGUGGCACUCUCAAGCGAAUGGCAAAGAGAGCAAGUCUUGCUCGAGAUUAUGGAAAUACCAUAACAACUCCACGAGAGUUAUAAAACUGGGCAGUUGUACAGACAGAUAAAAAUAUAACUAAAUUUAAUUUCUGUUACGUAUCCACUGAACAGUACAUUAAAAUGUCAGAAGAUCUCGAAGAAAUAUAUAAUAACGCCAAAACAAUACCAGGCACUCAGAAAUUCCAUAGUUUUUUGCCUAUUCCUGGCGACAAAGUAAAGGCAAACAGGUAUUCUAAUUCAGAAGAUGAACCAAAAAUAUUUAGUAUGAUCGGAAAAAAAUAGAAAAGAACAUGUUUGAAAUUGGCUCUAAGACACAUAUAUAUAUAUUUGAAAAAUUCAUAAUUAUAAAUAAUUGUAUAUUUAAAAGUGCACUUCAAUACAUAUUGCGAUCAAACAUUACAUUUCCUAAGAAAAUACAUUUGUAAUAUUUUGAAGUUUUUUAUGUAUAGGAAAACCCUUCCAAAUGAUUGAAUAAAUAACACAAAAUCUCCUAGAAAAUUGAGUUUCAUUGGAUUCUGGGAUUGUUAUGGCCUUCACUGGUUUUAUUGUUGAUAACAAAAUACACUGAAAAAAAAUCAUUCGAACAAGAAAAAGUUUUUGUUAGAAAAACUUUUUUCCUUAAAAGUGCCCAUCUUGUGAUGUAUGGACGGUUGGUAGGGAACAUAAUAACCUGUCUUGAGACAAAAUUUCAUCAAAAUCAAAAAUGGUGUUUUUUUUUAAAUCAACUUUGAAUUUUUAGAAAUGAUUUUUUUCAGUGUAGGGCUCAUUUUGGAUUUUUUUCAGUAUUUUUUUCUUAAAAUUUGACUUAUUUUGUGAUAACCACCCAUACAACACUUUUUUGUAGGAGUAGUCAUUUUUUGAUUAAAAACAUUUUUAAAAAAUCCAUAAAAAAAAGUUUAGCCCUUUUCAAAAGUCAGUCGAGAAAAAAAAUUAGAAAAAUGAGUAUGCAAAGUGGCUUAUCUGGGCAAGGUCUACACACCAAGAAAGUUUCGUUGUAAUCUGAGAGGGUGCUGCCAACAUUUGUUCGAGUUGGCGCGAAAUCCGUCUA